CUCUCUCCCCCCCUCUUUCCCGGCUGCGCAACCCCUGCAGCCUCCCACCUCUCCCGCGCCGCCACCCUCCGCCUCGUUACCCUAUGCCUUCCAUCGCCACCGUUGCCGAGCCCAUGGCUGUCGACGACUCCGCCUCCAAGAAGGCCAAGCGCAAGCAGCUCAAGGCCGAGACCGCUGCGGCCGAGGCGAUGGAGACGGCCUCAUCGGGAAAGAAGGAGAAGAAGGAGAAAAAGCGCAAGGCGAAGGAGCCAUCCCCUCCUCCUCCCGCCUCCGACGAGGAGGAGAGGAGUAGCACCAGCUCCGAUUCGGAGCCGGCGCCCGCGGCAAAGAAGGCCAAGAAGGAAAAGAAGGACAAGAAGAAGAAGUCCGAGGAGGAGGUGGAUGACGACGGUGAGCUGACCGCCAGCGGCGGCGACGAGGAUCCCGCCGACCCAAAUGCGCUUGCUAAUUUCCGGAUUUCCGAGCCGCUGAAGCAGAAGCUCAAGUCCAAGGGGAUCAACGCGCUGUUCCCCAUCCAGGCCACCACCUUCGGCCUUGUCCUCGACGGCCACGACUUGGUCGGCCGCGCGCGCACUGGACAGGGUAAAACUCUGGCUUUUGUUCUGCCCAUAUUGGAGUCAUUGGUUAACGGGCCACACAAGGCAACGAGACGAACCGACUACGGUAGGCUUCCAAGUGUUUUGGUUCUGCUACCUACCAGAGAGCUAGCCAAUCAGGUGCACGCUGACUUUGAGUUUUAUGGUGGAGCAUUUGGGCUUUCUACAUGUUGCGCAUAUGGUGGUUCGCACUAUCGUCCCCAGGAAAUGGCAAUGAGAAAGGGGGUUGAUAUUGUUGUUGGGACUCCUGGCCGUGUCAAGGAUUUCAUUGUAAAGGGAACUCUCAAUCUGAAGUCUCUGAAAUUUCGUGUCCUUGAUGAGGCUGAUGAGAUGCUUAACAUGGGAUUUGUUGACGAUGUUGAACUUAUUCUUGGCAAGGUUGAAGAUGUUACAAAAGUACAAACACUUCUUUUCAGUGCGACUCUCCCAGAGUGGGUAAAGAAGCUCUCUAUGAGGUUUCUGAAAGCUGACAAGAAGACGGUUGAUCUUGUUGGCAAUGAGAAAAUGAAAGCUAGUUCAUCAGUCAAGCAUCUUGCUCUUCCUUGUAACCGUGCUGCAAGGUCACAAAUUAUUCCAGACAUCAUUAAAUGCUAUAGCCGUGGUGGACGGACCAUUAUUUUCACGGAGACAAAAGAAUCAGCAUCAGAGCUGUCUGGUUUGAUUCCUGGAUCCCGUGCAUUGCAUGGAGAUAUCGCGCAAGCUCAACGAGAAGUUGUUAUUGCUGGAUUCAGGAGCGGGAAGUUUCUUGUUUUGGUUGCUACAAAUGUGGCAGCACGAGGUCUGGACAUCAAUGAUGUGCAGCUUAUCAUUCAGUGUGAGCCUCCACGUGAUGUUGAAGCUUACAUACACCGGUCAGGUCGGACAGGGAGAGCAGGAAAUACUGGCGUUGCUGUCAUGCUUUUUGAACCCAGAUAUAAAUAUAGUGUGACCAGAAUAGAGAGGGAGUCUGGGGUGAAGUUUGAACAUAUAUCUGCGCCACAGCCUACUGAUGUGGCACAAUCUGCUGGCAAUGAAGCAGCAGAUGCCAUUGCAAGUGUCUCGGACAGUGUUAUUCCUGUUUUCCGGCAACAAGCAGAGGAACUGUUGAGCUCUUCCAGCAUGUCUGCUGUCGAUCUACUAGCCAAAGCACUUGCAAAGGCAGUUGGUUACACUGACAUAAAGAAGAGAUCUUUGCUUUCUUCUAUGGAGAACUACACUACGUUACAACUUCAAACUGGCAGGCCGAUGUAUACACCAGGGUUUGCCCUUACUACUUUGAAGAGGUUCAUGCCAGAAGAUAAACUUUCAGAUGUACAUGGUAUAACCCUCACCGCUGAUGGGACUGGUGCUGUAUUUGAUGUUCCUUCAGCAGAGGUUCAAGAUUAUAUUCUAGGCUCUGAGAACGCGGCCAUGGUGACGCUUGAUGAAGUGAAACAACUGCCACCGUUGCAAGAGAGGGAGCAGCAGUCAAGGGGCAAUUCUGGUGGGUCAAGGUUUGGCCGAGGCGGCGGUGGCAGGAGAUUUGGGGGUGGUGGUGGCCGAGGCGGCGGUGGUAGAGGCAGGGGCGGCGGCGGGAGGUUCAACAGGAGGUGAACACUGAGCAGUACAUCCAUUUUUGCGGGAUUUUGAGUGAGAAGGCACAGGGAAUCAUCAAAGUUUUGACUGCGCCGUGUAUCGUUUUUUCUAUUUGUUUGUUAACGUCUGUCCCUGAGAUUAUGGCGAUCAAGUUUGCUAGCCGGAAGAAUGUAGAACUGAACUGUAGAAUAUUGAUCCGAGACUCAUCCACUCUUAUGAAUGAAGCUAUAUAUGUUGUUUUGAAAUACAAGUGAUCACAUGAAGUAAUGUCAUUUACGUGCAAAUCUA